UCCCCCCGACACCGCCACACUUUGAAGCCCACUUUCGACAAUUCACAGGAAAAAGAAUUGAUUUUCUCAACCCUGCAGCCGUUAUUUCCUGCGAAACCACCACCCUUCCGUCUCACAAACCCCAAGAACACUGAAAAACAUAUAUAUAUAUAUAUAGAGAGAGAGAGAGAGGUAGGAAGAGAGAGAUAGAAUUCUACUAGAAGCCCUUCACAGUCAAAUCUUUGUUUUUCUAUAGAUUCAAGUGUGUAGAUAUAUGUGUGCUCAUCAAAUACAUGGAAAGCCGUGAGUUUUCGCGCCAAAGCUCGGAACCCAUAGUCGUUGACGAGGAGCUCUUCCAGAGCCGUAGCCGCCGGUGCUGCUGGUUCUUCCCGUGUUUCGAAAGGCCCGGGAACUCCUCCCCCUCUCCGGCCGUCGUCGGAUUGACGUGGUGGCAGAAGAUACGGGCGGUUUCCGAGAGCGGGAGCAGCAACUCACUGUGGGCCCGUGGCGUGGGCGCGCUGAAGAAGAUCCGUGAGUGGUCGGAGAUCGUGGCGGGGCCGAGGUGGAAGACGUUCAUCCGGCGGUUCAAUCGGAACAGGAGCGGGAGCAGGCACGUGAAUUUCCAGUACGACCCCCUGAGUUACGCCAUGAACUUCGACGAGGGGCCGGGGCAAAACAGUCAUUUCGACGAAGAGGAGGAGGACGGGUACUACUCACGCAACUUCUCCUCCAGGUACGCCAAGGGAUCCAUGGACCUCGGCAAGGACGGUCCCACUUUCGUUUAACCUGCGCCCUCCCCGCUAUCUUGCGCCGGAGCGCAUUGUAUUUGGAAUUUGAUGGAUGCUUGCUUGCUGGGCUACGCACUCAACUCAAUUAUUGCUAAUCCACAGCUCAUAGUUGUAAGUCUCAUUUUUUCUUUUUCUUUUUCUUUUAUUGUAUAUAUAUAUAUAGAAAAAAUAAUAAUAAUUAAAUUAAGAGUAUGCGUGUAAUUAUUUGAGGAUUUUGAGUGGGUUUUUGUUUAUUAUUAUUAUUAGUGGAUGUGUUGUUGGAUGAACAAAGUUUUGAUGUGAGAGUUUUUGUUUGAUCAGUCAAAUGUGAGUUGAAAUCA